AAGUUGGCAACUAAUAGCAACAAUAACAACAAUACACAAAUAUAAAGUAGCAAAUGGGUUACAACAACGAUAUAUGGUAAAGAACCAGAAGUACGCAAGCGACAGAGCAACCCAAAAGCUUACUAAGAUCUCUCUCUUUCUCUCCCUCAUCGUCCCCAACCGCACCUGCUGAUUUCCUCUAAUCAUCUUAGGCUACUAUGCCAUUUUCACUCAAUCUUGCUUCAUCAUAGUCCUCUUCAUUUCAAUGGCACCUACUGAUAAAGAAAGCAAGAUUAUCCCUGUAAUCGGCGAGCAAUCAACUAGCGAUGUUGUGGUGAGGCUACGGACGCAAGAAGGUCGAGAUGAAUGGAUGUAUUGUCACUCGGCGGUUCUUGUAAAGAAUUGCAAGUAUUUUGCUGACCGGCUUUCUGAGAAUUGGCCAACUUGUCAGAUACUUGGUUCGCGCAACUGCGUUGAUGUUAAUUGCCAAGAAUCGGAUUUUGAUUACUAUGUGAAUGUUAUUAGGGUUUUGUACAUUGUCGAUGAUGAUUCUUCGGUUGAUGAUUUGUGGCUUGGUGUGAGAAAUAAUCUUGGGAUUUUGCAAGUGGCUGUUGUGCUUGAUUGCCCGAAAAUUGUUGCUGCGUGUGUGAGUUACUUGGAAGCAGUGGCGUGGGAAGAGACUGAAGAGGAGGAGAUAUUGAAAAUUGUACCGAAAAUGGGAUUACAAGCAGAGCCUAUCCUAGCUAGAGUUCAACCGGUUAACGAGGUAGCUAUCAGGAACGUCUUUCUUUCGGCGUUACGCUUUGUUAUGUCGUCCCCUCCAUCGACGAUGAAUGAUCUGAAAUCUUCCGCGCAAGAGCAACUUGAUUACAUGCUAACUGAGGAUGAUGAUGCCCCUUUGUUGAUUGCUGAUGAUGACAUAAAACUUGAGGUAAAAGAAGGUGCGAAAAGACUAUUUUCCGGGUUUAACAACUCAUUGAUACAUUUGUUCUGUGGUUCAACAGAAUCACUUUCUGAAGCAGGGAACGUCUCGUUGUUUCGAUCCUAUUUGAAUGAUUUGUUUUGGGUUUGUCAGAUAUUGAGUAAGUUGGAAAUAAUGAGAGAUUUUGUUGAGUGUUGGUUUGAUGCAUCAGAAAAGAUUGUCAAAGUACUCAAACAAGAAAGUUCUACAGCUGAAAUCGUUGAGUUAAAGUUGCGAGCUGUUGAGAUAACUUCAAAAGUUGUAGAGGCAAUUGCUUAUGGUACUGUUAUACUGCCAACCGCAAAGCGUCUUCAGGUUUUGAAACUGUGGCUUCCAUUUGUCAGACUUGCAAAACCAAUGAUUGAUUCUGCCAUGAUGAAUUCUGAGAAUGCCGUGUUACCUAAAUUGGAUGGGGAAAUGUGGCCAUCCAUGGAAUCCAGUUUUGUCUCUAUCAUUCUUGCAUUGCCAUCAGGGGAUCAGGCAGUGCUUUUAACUGAAUGGUUGGAAAAUGCGCAUAUCCGGUAUCCAGACCUGACUGAGGCAUUCGAAGUAUGGUGUUAUAGGUCCAAAGUUGCUAGGAGAAGACUAUCGUUGCUAGAGGAUGAUCAUGUUAUGACAAACUCAGUUUGAUGAGUUCCCGAGUUCUGUUCCUCAAGAUUAGAGUACUAAUCUAAAAUUCCUGCCUAGUCAAAGGCGUUCAGAAGAGAACAUCUUUUUUUUUGCGUGUGAAUGGAAUAUUUUUUGUAGGAGGCAUCUAUGUUGAAAAUGUCUCCAUCUCCAUUCACAUUACAUCAAUGUAAAUUUCUUUGCAGAAUAUGUAAAACAGUAUAGUUCUAACUGUGAAAUGUAGAGAAUGUAUUUUUGAAAUGAA